AUGCACCGGUACCACGACGCCGACUGCCUGUUACCGCUGUCACUCGUAGCGCUACUGCUGCUGCUCGCGCCCGUCCUCAUGGCCUAUAACAGCCUGUGCCACAGCGCCACGGGGCCGCUAAAGGCGCCUAGACAGACGGCACCCACAGGCCCCUCGCGGAAGGAGCUGCAGCCCGGCAACCUCGAGCUGGCUGAUCAGUUCCCCGAAUUUUGUUUACAAGCCCAGCGCCACCUCGAUCUCGACGCCAAAGUCGCUGCAUCCACGCGCCAGCUCCGUCUCCAGCUCCAGGUCCAGCGUCCCGUUACUCCGCCGGACCUCUGGACGCCGCCCAGAUCGCCUGUAUCGCCUGUCAGUCCUGCUGCCAGUAUCAGUGGCACCAUCUCCGAGGCUGAGGCUGAGCCGCUGCCAUUUGCUGAGCGCCUGCAAAGGGGCCCCUCUCCAUCGCUACCCCGGCCACGCUGCAUUUCGGACCCCCCUCAGCGGAGUGGGCGGGACAAGGAGCGUAGUGGCAUUACUGCUACGCGCCUCCAGCGGUCAGAGAAGCGCAGCUCAUCAUUGGGCACCAAAGCCCUGAGCCAGUCUCCGACGCACUCAAAGCUUUCCAAUCCUCCCAAGCCGCCGCCCAAGCCUGCAAAGUUCUCCAGACAACCUCGCCCGGCAGAGUCUCAGACGUCUGAAUCCCCUGAAGCUGCCUCUGACCUUGCCCUUAUCGAGAGCAAGGCGCCUGCUGCCGACGUACUAGUCGAUUCGUCGUCGAUUCGGGGCGUCCAUGACCAAUUUCUCACAAGGAUGACCUUCUCGGAGCAGCAGAGAUGGAUCACGGUCCAGCAGAAGACGUUUACCAAAUGGCUAAACACCAAAAUUGUAGCCAGAAACCUGGAGGUGAAGGACCUGGUAACAGACCUUAGUGACGGUGUUAUGCUGAUUCACCUCCUUGAAUGUCUUUCCCAAGAAUCCCUCGGUCGAUAUGCCUCCCGCCCGAAGCUUCGAGUCCAACGAUUCGAAAAUGCCAACCUGGCUCUGGACUUCAUCAAGUCCAGAGGCAUUCAGAUGACAAAUAUUGGCGCUGAGGAUGUUGUUGAUGGAAACCGCAAAAUUGUUCUUGGUCUCAUAUGGACCCUGAUUCUGCGUUUUACAAUUAGCGACAUCAACCAAGAGGGCAUGUCUGCCAAGGAGGGCUUGCUGUUGUGGUGUCAACGAAAAACUGCAUGCUACGAUGAGGUCGAAGUUCGCGACUUUAGUAGCAGCUGGAACGACGGCCUCGCCUUCUGCGCCUUGCUGGAUAUCCAUCGACCGGAUUUGAUCGACUUUGACACGUUGGACAAGUCAGACCACCGCGGCAACAUGCAGCUCGCCUUUGAUAUUGCCCACGAAGAGAUUGGCAUCCCCAAGCUGUUGGAUGUUGAAGAUGUGUGCGAUGUGGCGAAGCCCGAUGAGCGAAGUUUGAUGACCUACAUUGCCUACUGGUUCCAUGCCUUUUCUCAGAUGGAAAAAGUCGAAAACGCGGGACGACGAGUCGAAAAGUUCUUCAACAACAUGCAAGGCGCCUGGGAGAUGCAGAACGCCUACGAGAGACGAAUGCGGGAACUCUUGAAGAAUAUCCGAGGCCAGGUUGAGCAGUGGCACACGGCCAAGUUUGAGGGCACUUACGCAGAUGCAAAGGCCCAGGCGUCCGAAUUCUCAGAGUAUAAGAGAGGCAAGAAGCGAGAAUGGGUUGCCGAGAAGAGCGAGCUUGCCACACUAUUAGGAAACAUCAAAACGAAGCUGAGCACCUAUCGGUUACGGCCUUAUGAACCUCCGGCGGAGGUUAGUCAAGAUGUUAUUGAGAGGGAUUGGAAGAGUCUUACAAGCAGCGAGAUGGCUCGCGCGCAACUCAUCAAUGAGACGAUUCGAGACAUCAAGAAUGCGCUGAGGAAAUCAUUUGCCGACAAAGCAAAUGACUUUGCCAUGGCUCUCAACACCAUGCAACUUGCCAUUUCGGGAUUGGAUGGCGAUAUUGAGGAUCAGCUGCAUCAUGUCAAGAAACUCAGUGAAAACUUGCCCCCCCUCGAUCGAUAUCUCAGUACCAUUGCGGAAGUAGACGCCAUGUGCGAGGAAGCAAACAUUGAAGAGAACGACUUCACCACCUAUACAUAUGACGAACUGGCAUACGAGUUGACGCUCGUGAGAUCCUCGGUUCAAAAGAAGCUCUCCUUCUUGGAGAACCAGAUGGUCGCUCGCAACAUGACUAACCUAACGCCUAUUCAGCUGGAAGAGUUUGAGAGUGUGUUCCGCCACUUUGAUCGCGAUGCCUCGAAUUCGCUCCAAGAGCUUGAGUUCAGUGCAGCCCUAGCCUCACUAGGCCUGGUUUUCUCCGAAGAUGAGAUGCACGAUUACUUUGUCGACACCUCUGGAGGGAAAGAAUAUGUCACAUUCGAGCAGUUUAUCCGCUUCAUGGUCGAUGUCACCGAAGAUCAAAACACCGCCGAGCAAGUCUUCCAGUCGUUCCGUGAGGUUGCAGAUGGCAAGCCAUAUGUCACUGAAAUGGAUCUGCGCCACAGUCUUGUGCCUGAAGAGGUCAUUGAUAAGCUUCUCGAGAUGAUGCCGCCGCAUAGCGGUCCAGAUAUGUCACGGGAUCGUGGCAAAGACCAGUUCGACUACAUUUCCUUCAUGGAGAAGAUGAUGGGCGAAGGCGACGAUAACGCGGACGGCGAUAUACCAGCCGGUAUGCUCCAAGAUGGAACAAACGCUGGCGAUGAUCGGCCCCGAAGAGAUUCCAAGGUGAACGGCCAUGGGUAG